GGAGAAGAGGCGUUAGAGGAGAGUUUCGUCCGGUUGUCAUUCCCGGAGGGAGGUGAGGGUGUGAUCGAAAUUUACCUGUCCGUUGUCACCUGGUGAGCUUGUUGUAAGUACGUGUCGGACGGACGCCGAGUUUCACAUCUGUUGUGGGCCGAUAAACACUGGAUUUGCUCGGGAGUAACACGGAGAAGGCUUUAAAGGAUGCUGAGAAGAUCGUGACUCGUGGCCCCAACAUGAGUGUGACAUCAUGGUUCCUGGUCAGCAGCUCUGGCAUGCGCCACAGGCUGCCACGCGAGAUGAUCUUCGUCGGCCGGGACGACUGCGAGCUCAUGCUGCAGUCUCGAAGCGUGGAUAAACAGCACGCUGUCAUCAACUACGACCCAAACACAGAUGAGCACAUGGUGAAGGACCUGGGCAGCUUGAACGGGACAUUUGUGAACGACCUCAGGAUCCCAGACCAGACAUAUAUCACCCUAAAGCUGUCAGAUGUCAUUCGCUUUGGUUAUGAUACGCACGUGUAUAUCCUGGAGAAGAGUCAGCACAAGGUCCCAGAGGAAGCGCUUAAACAUGAGAAGUACACAAGCCAGUUGCAGCUUAGUAUAAAAGCCCUGGAGGCCAAGGCCAAGGAAAGACUGCAGCUCCAGAACUCAGAGAAGAGCAAAGACUCUUCUUCCACUGUCAAACUGCAGGACAAAGCCGAGCGUAAAGCCCACUCUCUCACAGCUGCCACAGAUUCUCCGAUAUCCAAGCCCACACCUCUGUAUGGGCAGCCAUCCUGGUGGGGAGAGGAUGAAGACCCAGCCAACAAAAAGCAGAACAGAGGUGGAAAAUUGCCAGAGAAGGACUGUCCAGAGCCUGCUAAAGAUGACUCCAGAUAUGAGUUCAACGGUUCUCUGCCAGAUAGUCAGUCUAAGACCAUCUUCUCCUACCGCCGGGAGCCCAGUUACUUUGAGAUCCCGACGAAGGAGUUCCAGCAGCGUUCUACCAAGAAACCUGAGUCACAGGUUCAUGAGAUUCCAACAAAGGACACCUCAGAUCCCACUCAGUGCAUCCCCUCCACACCCACACCUCCUGUGGUUCAGAGCCACGCGUCCUUCACCAUCGAAUUUGACGAAUGCACGCCAGGUAAAAUGAAAAUCAAGGACCAUGUGACCAAGUUUUCUUUCCGCCAGCGUAAGCAACCUUCCACAGAGGUUGUUACCACACCUACUGAAGUGAUGUCAGCAGAGAGUAAAGUUGCUGACUGGCUAGUCCAAAGCAGCGCUAGCAUGAUGGGAAAAGGGUCACAAGAUGAAGACGUGUGUAGCAUAAAUAGCGACCCAUCGCUUCUGAAGACCACAAAGGCAAACUACCCUGAAGAUGGCUGUCAAAGUGAUUCAGGGCACCCAGCAAUCAAUGGAAAUGACUUUCUCCACUCAGAACCUCAGGAUUCUCCACAAGCCUUAAGAGCUUCACCACCGCAACGGUUUCUCUCUCCUGACUCUGUGGAAACGGUGUCCAGCUCUCCACCAGAGUCUCAGUCCCUUUCUAGUGUUGGUAAGGCUGAGCCUCAACAAGCUUUUGUUAUAGAAUUCUUUGACAACCAGAGAAAAAAGCGCUCCCAGUCCUUCAUCAAUAAUGCUGCCCCACCAGAACCCUCCGGCCUCAGGCCCCAGCUGGAGAAAGCAAAGAAGAGCUCAAGUUCGACUGGGGAGAGACAAGUCACAGCUCCAUCCUCCACUACUACUCCCCCAACCCAACGGUACACUAUCCCUCUGAAGGACCCUGCUUCCACGGGCCCCCAGAGAGCUGGCUCUCUACGAAGGGAAAAGACUGAAGACCGGAUCAGCACCAGCUUUUCGUCCCGCUCAUCCUCAUCUGUGUCUGUAAGACCCUUUAGCAGCGUGGGCCGCAAAUCUAAGCUCGCCCAGGAGUUUACUGCUGAAUUACUGAAACAAGCAAAGGAGAUCUCUUCUGCCACCUGGGAGAAAAAGACUGCAGCUUCUAAAGCAGGGCCAGGGGUGGUGUCACAGUCUGACCAAAGAACCGCCAGCCCUCCUCAAUCUGAUGCUCAUUUCCAGCCUCAAACUUCCUCACCAAUUCAUAAGCCUGUCCCCCUCAAGGCCCCUGUUAUGCCCUCAAUAUCUCAAAGUGUUGAAGUUAGGAGCCCCACAAGCCCCAGAAAUGAAGAGGACGACAGUCUGAGUGACGCGGGAACCUACACCAUUGAAACAGAUGUUCACGAUAAAGAGCUGGAAGAGGCACGGAGCAAGAUUGACCAGGUGUUUGGUGUUGUUGAGAGCCCAGAGCGAACGAACCUGAGUGAAGCAGAAACCUCAUCAGCAUUUAGGCCCGUUAUUGUUCAGGGCAGGGAGCAGCAUAGGCAGAGUAGCUGUGGGGAGGUGAGGCCAGCUCCAGAGCAGGGACAGUGUCUGGUAAAGGUUCAGUCAGCAGGUGCAGUCUUACAGGGGGCUCCUAAGUGGAUGUCUUGCUGGGCCAGCUUGGCAGACAGCUACGCAGAAUCGGGCCCCUCGGCUGGACUCUUUGACAUCCGUUCCCAGAUGGGACUGUCAGAAGGGGCACAAGGCACGAUCAUCCACAAGGCUACGCUCAACCAAAGCCAUGACAGCACAGCCUCGGAUGUUUCAAGAGUUCAGCGCGGCCUGCCGCUGACGUCUCCAGGGGAGAAGAGUGACAUUCCAGCUCCCAGCAUUCAUGUUCAUUAUGACCCAAAUUCAACAUUUGAUGUAGGAGAUAAUAGCUUGGUGACCCCUGGUUCUCAAGAUGGCAUUCACAGGCUAACUGUGCAGGAUGACGUAGAGCCUGACAGCCUGAGUGAUGCCAGCAAAUCAGAUGAUGGGUCCAUUGUAGAGCAGAAGAGGAAGCCGCUGUCAGACCAAGAGGUAAAGCAAAAUGAGGACAAGCGCAAACUUCCAGCCAAGUCUACAUCUUUUUACAUUGGGUCAGAGGAGGAGGCAGCGCCCAAGGCUGGCACUCCUAAGGUUGAGAGGAAACAGGUAACCAAAACUUUCUCAACAGCCACUCUGACCAAACAGAGAGGCAGUGAGGACUCUGAAAGACUCAAACCCAUUGUAUCAGCUCCUGUACUGGGCCAGGGGACACAGAGGUCACAGGGUAAAGAAGCAUCUUCAUUAAUCAGACAGGAGAGUUUCACCAAAGAGCGGCCUAGCAGCGCCAGACUGCCUAACAUCUCUAGCCAGCCUGCUCAGAGAGAUUUAAACCCUGAAUUAUUACAGAGAGCCAAUACCCAGGACACUCAUUCUUUUCUUAAAGAGACUGAAGAUGUUCUGGCUGUACUGGAGGCCAAACUCCAAUCAGGACAAACCAGUACUCCAUCUCCCAUUAUGGACUCUCUUUCUGGGGAGUCUGAUGUGGAUACAUCCAGCACAGUCAGCCAACACAGCAGUAAGACAAAGCCAAGCACACUGGCAACAAAAGUCAGUGUCAGUGGCCUCCAGAGAGAGAGGUCUUCAGCUAGCCUCACGAGUCAGGACUCAAAUCACCAGUCAUCAGAAAAGCACCGUUCUCAGGAAGCAGAAAGGAGCAACAAGGCUGAGCCUUUGAGGAGGCCAGUUGGAUUAAGGCGUAGUGUGGGAAAACGUGGCUCCACAGACCUAAGUGAUGACCAUCAGAGCUUACCUUACUCUGAUCAGGAGUCAAACAACAAACACACACGCAAAUACACCAUUCCCCUUCAGAAGGAAGACGCCAAGAGCUCUAAAGUGUCCCAGGCGUUGAGUCGUGCCAACAGCUUGUCAGCCCCAAGACCCACCAGGACGUCCAUGCUGCGCCGGGCUCGCCUUGGAGAGGCCUCUGACAACGAGGGCACAGAGACGGAUAAGUUGUACCAGGAGGCCAGCAACGCCCCAGCUAAGCAGCCCCAGGAAGCCAAGAAACUCUCCAGGCUGGAUAUGCUGGCCAUGCCUCGUAAACGGACAAACUCGUUCAACACGACCAGUGACAAUGAGGCUUCCUCCACCCCACAGUGGACAGGCAGAAGCACAGGAUUUUCCAACCGCAGCGCAGAGCUGGGUGGCAGCUCCACCCGAAGGGCCUCUGGUCCAGGGCCAAAGCCUGUAGAAAGGCCACAGAAGGCAGCACUCAACAGAACUCCAAUCACCCGUGUACGCUCUAGCAGUGCCAAAUAUGCCAGCAGCACAGCGAGCUCUAGGAGACGACAGAAAGGCUCUGACUAUACCUCUACCUCAGAUGAGGAGUACGACUCAAACCAGAGCACUCCUAAACACAAACGCUCCCAACCUUUCCUAGCCUCUAAUAGCCCACGCAAUCCGGUUCGGCCGCAGCCGAUCGUUGCCCUGCGUCCGAAACACUGCAGCAGAGAUUCUGAAGAGGAGACCCACGAGGGAGACGCCUUCCACAACUGGUCCAGCCACAGUGCUGAGAUUGCACGCUUGAGUCAAGAUCUGGCCAAAGACUUGGCCAUCUUAGCCAGAGAGAUCCAUGAUGUAGCAGGUGAUGGAGAUCCUGAAGUGGAGUGCAGUGCACCAGACUCCACAGCAACUUCUUACGAACAGGAUCUUAAUCAGCGUAUUCCAGAGGCUAACAACUACCGGAAAGCAUCCAGGGAACCUGAGCAGAGCCGGAGUGACCGUGAAGAGAACUCCAGGUGCAGAGAGGAGGGUGUUGUGGAUACCUCGAUGCUGAAUCCAGUGUCUCAAGUCAUAGUGGCUAUCAGAGAAAACACGGAGCAACUUGCCGACAAAAUGAAGGUACUGUUCCAGGACAGAAUGGAUAUCUGGGAGGAAAUUGAGGCAAAAGUUAAUUCUGAGAACAACGUCCCUGUUGUAAAAACUUCCAACAAGGAAAUCACAUCUAUCUUGAAAGAACUCAGGAGAGUUCAGAGACAACUUGAGGUCAUUAACACAGUCAUGGAACCCAGCUGGCAGCCUGGAGCUACCAAGACCUCAGCCACUGCAGUUUCUUCCUCAUCUGGAGUCCGGUCUACUAGACCUUCUUCCUCACGAGAUUGGAGAACGGUGCACUCUGUUUUCAAACGCGGCGGUGGCCCGCGGCCCAGCGAGAGCAUCAGGAGAGCAGCUGUGACCCCGGACGAUGUCAGAGAGGGGUAUUUGGUCUGAGAUCUGGCACAAAUGCAGUUUCCACUGGUGCUGAACUUCUGCUGUAAGCUGCAAACACCCAGGUGCCAGACCAUUGUGCACAAAAGGAAACAAAGAGGAGGGAAGUGAGACUUUAUUCACUGAAGUCUGUCCUCCUGCACAUGCAAACCUACACACUACUGCACUAUGAGCAACACAGACACACCCCUGUGUGAUGUAGCACACUGAGGAGGGGAGGCCUGUACAUGAGCUGGCGAUUGAAAGAAGUGCUCAUAAGGCCACAAUGCUGUACUUGAUUCUGUAUGUUACAGAUUGUCCUCAGUGUUGUGACCAGCACAGGUGGAUUUGUUUUUUUUUUUUAAAAGAUCAUCAUAAUUAGGUGCCCAGUGAAAACCAUCCUGAGCAUAAUCAUCUCAGGGAAGUCUUUGAAUACAUCAAAUAUGUGCGUUUAGUGACAAAUCAGCAUUAUUGAGGAAAUGUUUUUUUCCAACUGAGCUUAUGACUUGCAUGUGUUUGUAUACUGCAUUUCUUUAAACCUUUGUCCCCCAUGUUUUUGUCUUUUGUUUGCCUCCUUCCUCUUUGUGGAAUAGAAAGGAAAAUGUAUUUUUUAGGGGAUUUUUUUGUGAGACACUGGUAUUUUGUAACUGACACAGCAUGACUGUUGGAGUGGGUUAGUUGCAUCAUGUGCCAGACAAGUUUCUUAGUAAUACACAGUUGCUACAAGCCAAUUUUAUGUGCAUUCUGGUACCAUUUACCCCCCCCCCCCCCCCCCCCC